AUGUUUGUGGACGAUCCCCGUGACGCGGGCACCGCAACCGCGCUAACAUCCGCCAGUACCAGCGAUUCACCAACAAUAACAACCCCGACGGCUCAAGACAUGAUCUCCUCACCAUCCAAAACCCCUGGCGCCUCUGCAUCGCAACCCCACACGUCGGUCGCUUCGGCUCCUAAAUUACCACAGAGUCGCUUCAACUUUGAGUAUCAGUUGCCCCAUCGCAGACGAACCCUAGCAUCGCACAGCUCCGUUAUCGACACGCCCUCGAGUCUAAACCCGACGCCGACCCCCCAGCGCACUUUCCUGUACGACAGACCGCGGCGCUCAAUCCAGGGCUUCAAUCUGUCUCACAGUCGCGCUCCAAAGGAAUCAUCUUCUUUACCCCCAUCGCUCCGGCUCGCUAUAGACGACGAUAGCGAUUCUGCGCUGGCCACUGAUCCUGAUCCGACCAUCAAAGCACUGAGUCCCAAUGCGACAAAGCGCCGGAAAGAUUCUUUUUAUGCCCAGCAAACGCUUCCAAGUGUAAAGAGGAGAAUGCCAUCGUAUACAGCAACUUACACCGAAGGGAACGAUCGCAGGCGCACCGUGAACGGUGUCAACAAAUACGCGACAGAGGAUGGCAAUCGGACUCCAGUCGCGGAUGACGCUCGAUCUGAUAUCUUCCUGAAUAUCGCUAGGUCAGACUCAAGCCGUCGCGAAUCCCUUGGACGGUCAGAACUUAGACGGGUGAGUAACUGUUUGCUUUGA